AAAGGAUACUAUUCGAUUCAGGCGCGUGAAGAAUGACUCAGCUGAAUGUUUUUUUUGUUUUUUUUUUUAGAAGACGUGUCUAAUAGAAAGAUUACGCUGUGACACGUUUAAAACAAAGAUAAGAAAGUCUUAAACCAAUAAUAUGAUAUCUACAGUAUGUAGGGGACGAUAAACAUGGCGGCACCGUCAUCUCCAAACUCCUCUGUCAUGGAGGGCUUCAGUUCACCUGCAGCUGCAAAGAUGUCUGAGGAAAAACCAGCGAAAGACCAGACAGGCAUCGGAGGAGGCAGAGAGAAACCUUGCAGAGCGUGUUCAGACUUUAAAACCUGGAUGAAGACUCAGAAGAAACAGGCGUCUUCAGUCACAGGACAGGAAACACGGGUACCUGAGGAGAACGAGAAACCCGUGGAGUGUCCCCUGGAUAGACAGGAACUGGGAAGGAGUUCUUGGUCUGUUCUCCACACUAUGGCAGCGUAUUACCCUGAUACUCCCACCAAAACACAAAAACAGGACAUGACUCAAUUUAUCAACCUGUUUUCGAAAUUCUUUCCAUGUGAAGAAUGUGCCGAGGAUCUACAAUCCAGAUUGAAAACAAACCAGCCAGACACCAGCAGUCGUCACCGUCUCUCACAAUGGCUUUGUCGUCUACAUAAUGGCAUCAAUGUGCGGUUAGGGAAGCCAGAGUUCGACUGCAGCAGAGUGGACGAGAGGUGGCGAGACGGCUGGAAAGAUGGCUCUUGUGAUUGACAAGCCCAAGCCGAAUCACUUCACAGAGGAAAAUAAAACAGACCUUUCUUUACCAUCUUUUACCCCUUUACACUUUGGUUGUGAUACUUGCAGCUUACUAUGUGUAGUGUAUCAUACAAAACACCUUAUAUGAUGAACCGCCCUUUAUCUCACCUCAUAUGGGAUCGUUCAUAUUUUUCGUAAUGUUUUGUGAUUUUUUUCCAUAAUUUAAAGACUGCUGGUUAGUUUGUGUAUGCAGUGUUCAUUUUAAAGAGGAGUAAUGAUGCUGAUAAAUCUAAAUAAAAUAUCAUUACUACA